AUGUCCACGUGGAAAGCAAGGCUCACCAAAAGACUGAAGUCUCCACCUGGAAGGAUGCAUUCGUUUCCAUGCUCAGCUCUGCUGGCUUGCUUUGGGAAUAGCAGGGAUAAUGCCCGCUUUGAUCAGUCCAGCACUACUGAAACUCAUUCCACCAUCUAUGUACAGCCCAUGGCCAAAGUGGGCAGACACCCAAGUCACCCAAGGGUGGAAGAAAGAGCUCCAGAGAACAGGAGAGAUUCUGGCACCCAGGCAGAGCGAAAUGGCUGUGCAAAUCGGAACUCCAGUAAGCGUACCACUGUCCGGCCUGCUGAGAGUCCGGGGGAUUUGCCUGUGACCCUGCAUGAUGAACCAGAAAGUGAAGCAGUUACUUUUCCAACUUCCAUCCCCAGACCAUCAAUUAUUGAGAUGCCAAAGGAAGAAGAAUUCCAAGAAGAACCUAAGUGCCCUGAGGUGGAACAGAAGUUGACAUCAGACAGCCCACCCGAAGAUACUGAUCCUAAAGACUCGUUUCUCAUUCCAAGAAACAUCAUGGCUGAGCCAGACUACAUAGAAGAUGACAAUCCUGAACUAAUCAGGCCACAGAAACUCAUUAAUCCUGUCAAAACGUCCCGGAACCAUCAAGAUCUCCACAGAGAACUCCUUAUGAAUCAAAAAAGGGGUCUUGCCCCUCAGAAUAAACCAGAAUUGCAGAAGGUGAUGGAAAAGAGAAAACGGGACCAAGUAAUAAAGCAGAAGGAAGAGGAAGCUCAAAGGAAGAAAUCCGACUUGGAAAUGGAACUGCUGAAGCGGCAGCAGAAGUUGGAGCAGCUUGAACUUGAGAAGCAGAAAUUGCAAGAAGAGCAAGAAAACGCCCCAGAGUUUGUGAAGGUGAAAGGCAAUCUCAGGAGAACAGGCCAGGAGGUGGCCCAAGCCCAAGAGUCCUAGGCUAAGGCUGCCCCAGAGACCUGGCAUGUCCCUGCUGUCACCGGAAGAGCUGUGUCUUGAUGCCUUCUCAGCGCUCACCUCAGGGCUAGAGCCCUGGGAGAAUCCAACCAGCUGAGGGUCUCGACUACCAAAAGAAUUUGGUUGGAUCUUCCUACAGUCUGAGUGGAUAAAUUGUCUAUGACAGUUGCAGUUCCCAUUCGCCAAAUGAAGGACACUGACUGGCACAUCAGUUGGAAUAAUGGACCUGUGUUCAGAGACUAAAAACAAAAAAUUAAGAGAAAAAGGAAGAGGACACUGGAAUAAAUUGUUGAGAGUUGCCUUGCUUGGUUUUUCUCCAGUUCAAGUUUAGUGGGGCACAGAACCUUGUUUCCUUUAAAAGCUAAAGAAAAAAAUGUUUAAUUCUUUUCUGGUUAUUUGUUAGAUAAUUUAGAUUGCAUAUGUAUGCAUUUAAUGUGUUACAUCCAAUAUUUGUAAAUUUUGUUUUUAGAAUCCAAAAUUUCCUUAUUUAAUUUAUACUUUCACCCAUGUUAGAAUUAAUAGCAGAGAAUGUUAACAUUAAUGUUGAGCACAGCUAUUACCUUUGGCAGUACAAUUCAGAAAUCAGGUAAGGAGUCAAAAAUAUGUUAACAUCCAUCUUGAUCUGAUUUUACCUCCUUUUGGGUCCCUGGGUCAUCGAUGCUAUGUGGUGUCAGCCACUUUCCAGCAAGCACAUCGCAUAAAUUCAUGUAUUGCUUGAUAACCAGAAGGUUAUCUGUUCUGUUUAAUUUUUAAGUUUUCUUGCUGAGCUAGUCCUAAUAAUUGAAAGGACUCUUCAAUCCUUUGGAGAAUGGAGCUAGUCUGGAUAGCCCAGCUUCAGUAUCAAAAGCAGAGUCCAGAGUCUUUGGAUUUCUCCUGAGAGCAGUGGGGGGAAGGUUCCCAUUAGAGGCUUCUUUACUCAUUUUAAUGUGAAGCAAAUACAGAUCUGUCUUAAGAAGGCCUUAUUGAAAGAUUUUGUAUGUUUGUAUUCAUUUUGAGUAUCAUUAGAAUCCAGGCUUUAAAAAUUUCUCAUUAAUGAUCACAUACUUCUUUCCUUUUUCAUUUUCUCCCAUGGGAAGAACUGUUUCUGCACUGUCACUGUGAUGCUGUUGAUAAGGAUGAUGUUGAUGACUACUAUAUCAUAUCGCAACUCUCAGGAAAAGCUGAGGUCAGGGCGAGGUAGCUCAGUUUCCUCAUGCACGGUAAUACACUAUUCAAAGACAUCCAAGUUACAAAUAACAGCAGAAUCCUCAGUGUGUUCUCUGUAGAGACAACUCAACCAGUCACUUCUAUAUUGAGGACUGUUCUUAGACUUCCUUUAAUGAUUCGUAGAAAGCCAAAUCCAGAGCUUUGCGAUCCUCGAUUAGCAGAGUAGACGUUAGCUUUCUGUGGGAAUGCUUUAGUUUGGUAGUUGACAGUGAAGCCUGUAUUCAAUCCAAAUGUGAACAAGGAGAAGUAAGUGGAUGAUAAUGCACUGCUAGUUAGAGAAAUAUGUUAGUUGACUACACCUAGGGUGGAUUAUUUGUCUCAGCAGCAAGUAUUAUUUGAAUAAAAUAUGAGAUGCUUAAGAUAAAAUGUUGCUCCAUAAUAGUUUGCUUUUGAAGAUUAGAAUGGUGUCAUCUUUCUUUUGAGAGAAGAACGUGCAGUAACUAAUCAUCUUAAAAGAACCUCUCUGAUUGCACAUUGACUAGAGUUCUUUCUCUGUGUGUAUGGACUAAUGAUGUGAUUUGCAAAGUGAAGAUUUGGGACUGGCUCCUAUCUUUUGAUCUAACUGGAUGUUAUAUCUUGAGAGCUGUAUUCUCAGAGCAGUUCUGUCACUUCACAAAAUUCUCAAGGGCCCUAACAGGCCUCUCUAGAAGGACCAAUUCUGUUUCGAGAACUUCCUUAGAAUUCAUCCAAUACUGAGAAAAAGUUAACUAAAACACUUUCCCUCUAAUCACACUCAGAUCUGCAGAAACAUUUGUAGUUAUUACUACAGGUUCUGGCCAAAAGAGAACUUGUAAAUAGCAUAAGGUUAUGGCUUCUGCUAGGUAGCAAAGCAGACAGGUAGUGAAGCUCUUUGAGGUUGUCUGAAUCGAGUGGGCUCAGGAGCCUGAGUUUAAAAAGGUGUUCAGUCUGUCCUCAUACCUAACACUGUCCAGUCCAAACCUGAGGACUCAUGAACAUCUGAGCAGUUUUGUGCUUUGAGCCACUUUUUGUCAAAAAUGGCUCCAUUUUUUCCACUCUGUGGCUUUCUUAAAUAGUUCAGUGUCUUACAGUCUCCUAGUAAUAGUGUUGCUUUCUAAGCUACAAUAGUUAACUUUAUUCUUCUACUCCAAGAAAUCUUGACUUGUUUGAGUGUAUAUAAUAUAUAUAAAGGGAGCCUUAAUGGAUUUGUUUUCAUAAUUUAAUAUUUUUUGUAUUUGCUCUUGUAUAAUUGUUUUUAAUGGAAAGUAUUACAGAAUCAAGGGUGGAAUUCUUAGAACCAAAGUUAUUCUUAAUAAAAAUCACCACAUGCUUGGACCAUGCGGUCAUGUUUGUCUGAUCUUUUAAGAUAGGUGUCUGGAACUGGAAGGGGCUGUGUUUAGUUCAAAGAUUAAAAGGAGGUUCCAGGGUCUCCACUGGGUGGCUGUCCUCUUUGGCAGCCUUCCCCCCAGGUUAGUUAUUUCCUAUCACUGUGUUUAUUGGGUCUGACAAUUUAUAUGUGAAAUUCAUGUGAGGAUAUUGACUCUGUAUACUAGAACUUAUACACAGAAUUUAGGGCACUUGUAGCAGCAGCUAUCAUUCCUUUAGGUCAAAGUAUACAGAAUUUUAGGUAGCUUGGUAGGUCAGUAGAAGAUGUAUUUUGGGAAAGGCCAGUUUUUAGUACUUAUAAGCUAGUACAAUUGUGGGAUUCUAAAAAUUUUUUGCUUAUUCAGUUAAAUUAAUGUUAUCCUCAAUGAGGUUACUUUAGGAAGCUAUAAAUGGUUACAUUAUGCUGUUAGUUGCAAUAGUUUGAAGGUCCAAGUCUGUACUUCAUAAUUCUCCCUGUAUUUUCAACCACAAAUUGUUACUCUGCUAAUUUCUUAAUAGCUGGUAUCUUUGGAUUCUUUUUCUGAAGUCAGCUUAGAGAGUAAAGUUUAAGAUUAUUACCAUUAGCCAGGUGCCAGUGGCUCACACCUAUAAUCCUGCUUGGGAGGCUGAGAUCAGGAGGAUUGUGAUUCAAUGCCAGCCCAGGCAAAUAG